AUGGCUGAACAUGGGCUUGCACCUACUCUUACUGAAAUACCUCCUGUAGCUUCAGAUAUCAAUGGCGACCCCAUGCAUCAGAUGGAGAAUUAUCAUCUGGACACCACUGUUGGAACACAGUAUACUACCAAUUAUUCACAAAUGAUGACUCAUCCCAAGAGAUAUACCAGAUGGCCUUCUUAUCCUCAGUACUGGAUACAACAAAUUAUAUUGGUGCAAGUUAACCCUGGGGAGACAUUCACCAUCAAGUCUGAUGACGGGAACAUUCAGAAUAUCCAAGGACCCGCUGAUGUACCUCUGAUGUCACCAAGUGGUUAUUUGCCACCAAUAUAUCUUCCUCCUGGUUACAUGUCUCAGGUGGUGGAAGAAAAUGGCAUUCACAAAAUUAUCAUUGUGCCUCAGACAAUUGACUAUCAUACAGCCAUGCCUGCUCCUCUACAACAAGUACCACACUUCAUUGGCCUGUCCUCUCCUAUGUAUCAACAAGGGCCUCACCUGAUGUAUCCCCCAGCUCAAGGGGAAUAUCCACCGCCUUACAUCCAAGAGCCUUUGCUGCAGCAGCUGCCACCACCACUGCUGCCACUGCCACUGCUGCUACCGCCACUGCUGCUACUGCCACUGCUGCCACCAGCACUGCUUCCACCACCACCUAUGCUACCACCAGCAACAUUUAUAUACCAAGAGCAGCAUGAAAUGUAUUCCCAUAGAAGAGGAAAUUAUAACCAGUUUGAUGAAAGGGCUGCUAACAUGGGAGAACAUAUGAAGAAAAAAAUGAGAGAAGGCCAGCUUGGUGGACACAAGACUAGCUGUACAGUCAACAACACCUCUUUGCUUGUGAACAAAACCAAUGAUUUUUCAAGUAUUCCUGCUACUUCAAACACUUACACAGUGGACUAUGCUGCAAGUACCUGCACUGUUGACAAUACCAUGAGCACCUGCACUGUGGAGAAUGCUCCACACACCUACACUGUUGACAGUGCAUCAAAUACCUACACUGUAGACAAUGCUACAAGCACUUACACUGUGGACAAUGUUCCAUGCACCUACACUGUGGAAAAUACUUUGAGCACCAACACUGUCGAAAAUACUUUGAGCACUUAUACUGUGGACAAAGCUCCAUGUGCCUACACUUUGACCAAUGCUCAGGACAUUUACAUUGCUGACACUGUUGACAACCCUCCAAGCACUCACAUUGCUGACAAUACUCCCAGCAAUUCUUCCACUGACCAUACCCCUAGUACUUCCACCACAGACAAUGUUCUUCCUUCCACCACUGAUAGUGUUCCAGACCCUUCCAGCACUAAUUAUGUCCCCAGUACUUCCACUUCUGACAGUACUCCCAGACCACCAGCUAUUGACAGCACUCCAAGCUCUUCCGUUUCUGACCAUGCUCCCAACAUUCCCAUCUCUGAGAGUGCUCCCAGCACUUCUGCCAUUGAUGAUGCUCUCAGUGCUGCCAGUGCUGCCAGCAAUUCCAACACUGCUAGUGCUCAUGUUGAGACUAGUCAGGGAAAGAAAUGGAGUGCUGCAGGAAGUGGAGGCAUCAAGAAGAAACCAGGUGGAAAACAAAGCAAGAGCCCAUCAUCAAAUGCUGCAGAAAAAGAAUGCAUAACAGAACAUGGAAAGUCAUGCUGUUUCAGCAUUGAAAAACCUGUAGUUUCUGAUAUUCAAACCAGAUCUGCUAUUAUUUCAUGGAAACUACGUGGUUCUGAGAAAUGUGAUCACACCAAAUCUCCCAUGACAUUUGAACUGGCAAUAUCUAACAGUGGUAAAAAUGGAAAAUAUAAAAAUGUAUAUAUUGGUGAUGGAGUAAUAUUUACUCUACUUGAUCUACAACCAUCCAUGGCCUAUUUCAUAAGAAUUACAACCAUAAGAAGCUCAGCACAUAGAACUAUGUCUGAAGUGGUUAGUUUCACAACUCCAGGUUGUGAACCAGACCCUCCACUUGCACCCAAACUAAUUAACCGAUCCAAGAGCAGCCUGAAUUUACAGUGGAAAGGUUCCAAUGAUAAUGGUUCCAAAAUAAACAGCUUCCUUUUGGAAUGGGAUGAGGGCAAAGGUGAAGGCUUCAAAAGUUGCUAUAUGGGUACCAUGAAACAACACAAGAUCCUUAAACUGAAUGCUUCUACAAAAUAUUCAUUCAGACUAGCUGCCAAAAAUAACUUUGGCUUGAGUGAUUUCAGUGAAAUAGCAAUCUUCCAUACAUCAGGAACUAUGCCUCCAACACCUCCACCUCCUAAGCUAAAAGAAGCAGGAGUCUGUAAUUUGUCACUAGAAUGGUGUGCCCCAACUAACACAAGCCCAAAUGACAGUCUUACUUAUGUACUAGAAAUGGAAGAAGCAGGAUCCGGGUUGGGUUUUAAACCUAAAUAUAAUGGAGAAGACCUCUCAUGCACUAUAAGAAAUCUUCAAAGAAGUACUACAUACAAGUUUAGGAUCUUUGCCUACAAUUUGGAAGGAAGGAGUAACCCCAGUGGAGAAGUAAAAUAUACUACCUAUCCAGAUAAGCCUGGAUCCCCUGAAACACCAUAUAUAAAGGGAAAAAUCUAUGCACACAGAGUAAAAAUUGGAUGGGAACCACCCAAAGAUAAUGGUGGGACAUACACUUCAAGUUACAGUUUAGAAGUUAGUGAAAAUUCAGAUGAGAAUUCCUGGAACAUAAUCUACAGUGGAACCACAAAGGAAUUUCUAUAUGAUCACCUGCAACCUGGUACUACAUAUAAACUGAGAGUCUUUUGUACUUCACCUGUAGGCCAAAGCCAGCCUUCAGAUAUAUUGACUAUUCAAACACCUACUCUUUCUCCUGCAUCUUGCCAUCCUCUACCUUUGAAUGGUGAAACCAAGACCAAAGAAACGAACAUCAAAUGUGAUUAUCAUCCUAAUGAAAACUCUGAAGCACCUGCAUAUGUCAAUAAGGCAGAAGAUAACCAAGAUGACAAACGAGGGCACCCUAGUUCCAAAUUGGGACCUCAUCCAUUGAAGUGUGAAAGUGCACCAGUCCCAAGCCCUCCUUCUCAAUGUGGUAUACCUGUGCUAACCUGCAAGGGUCCAACCUGUGUUGUUGUUAGUUGGGGGAUUCCUUUGUGUAAUGGUGCUGAAAUCACUGAAUAUAGACUUGACUGGGGACAAAGUGAAGAAUCAAUGCACUUGAUUUACACUGGCCCUUGUCUGAGCUAUGAAGUUAAAGGUCUCAUUCCUGCAACUACAUAUUUUUGCAGAGUUCAGGCUGCAAAUGUAGUUGGACUGUUUGGAGAAACUGGCAUAGUAACCACACCAGCAACUGUACCAGCAGUAGUACCAAUGCUCCAUGAAGUUGAAAACAAAGUUCCUGCCAAACUGGCAUCAUCUUGCAUUGCUAUUCAAUGGGAGGAACCUGAUUGUCAUGGCUCUCCAAUCACUGGAUAUAACAUUGAAUAUGGAGACAGAAAAAUUCUGACUGUUGAAAGAGUAACAGAGUGUCUUCUAAAAAAUCUACAGCCUGAUACCACAUACAAAAUCAGAAUUCAAGCUAUCAAUCAUUAUGGACUAAGCCCUUUUAGCCAAUCAAUAAGAACCAAAACCAAGCCACUACCACUUGAUCCUCCUCAUCUUGAUUGUGUGGUCUAUGGACACCAGAGCCUCAAACUGAAAUGGCGUAGCUCUUCAAGCAAAGGAUUACUUUCCAACCUUAUAAGCUACAAUUUGUUAAUAGGAGAUCGAUCUGGGAGAUUUUCUAUCAUUUACCAUGGACCGUGUCAGACUCACAAAGUGCACAGACUGAGUGAAUAUACGCAAUACAAAUUUAAAAUCCAAGCAUGUAAUGAAGCUGGUGAGGGAUCACUGUCUGGUAUCUAUACUUUCACUACAACCAAAACUCCACCAGCCACACUUAAAGCACCUAAAUUACAGCAUGUGAACAGCAAUAUUUGUGAGAUCAAAUGGGAGUCUUUGGGGCCAAUAAAAGGAGAUCCCAUUGUUUACAGUCUUCAACUCAUCAGUCAAAAAGGAACUGACCUGAUAUAUAAAGGACCAAACAUUUCAUUCUCCUUUUCCAACUUUGUGACAAAUGCACAUUAUCACUUCAAGGUCUGUGCUGGACGCCAAUAUCAGAUUUCUGCUGAGAUACAAGAGUUCUGGGGACGAUAUAGCCCCAGCGUUCUCUUCUCAAUGCAUAAGCAACAUCCAGGGCCUGGAAAAGGUGGUGGAAGAAAGAGGGGAAGCAGCACUGGUGAAGAGAAAGAUGAAAAGCCCAGGAUAGAAAUGAGUGAUGAUACAUUUGUUCUAAUCCUUGUGAUAGGAUUUGCACUAGUUGCUAUUCUGUGUGCUGUUAUAAUUCAACAUUUUCUAAUCAACUAA